AUGGGCGUCGACGAGGAGAUUCAGAACAUCUACUACAGCAUCUACAACAUCAAUGUGACGCUAGUCAACGUGAGUCUCUCUCUCUCUUUCUCUCUCUCGCUAAAUUGGAUUGUCCCUGGGCACCAAAAUUUUAAAUGCCAAUAUCAUUUGCAUUUGUGGAGCCCCCGAAUUGCCAUGCGCAUGCAAGCGAUUUCAACCAGAAAUCACAGUUGAAAGCUUUGAUUUUUAAAAGCGCUUAACCGUUCAAAAAUAUGCGACAUUAUUUUGUCAUCGAAGUGAAAACCAUGUCUGAAUUGGCAAAAACCGAUCAUUUAUGCGCGUUUUCUAAUCAAAUUUCACUGUUGUUUCGCAAAUUUAGCACAGAAAUCCGAAAAUUCAAAGUUUUGAAGAAUACGGUAGUUGUUUAAAGGCGCAGCACGCAAAUUUUCGCACGCGAAACGAGUCAACUUGCUCGUGCAAUUGCAUUUGUGGUGUGCGCGGGCCAAAACAUGGCCAGACAUAAUAAUAAAAGGUCGUCAUGCUCGCCGAAUUGCUUCUUCUCUCUUUUCUCUCUGUUUUUCGGCUUUCUUCGCGAUCCGUGAGAGCACAAAAUCGCCGGAAAUAAUUGCAGUGUGAGAAUGUGUAUAAAUCAGAACACGAACAGCUCUUGCUCGCUUUUCUCGUUUCCUCGCCACUCUGGGCAAAUCCCGACACGUUUUCCAUUGCCACUCACUCUCCCAAUCGGUUAUCCGAUUACCAAGAACUUCUCGGAAUUUCUCGGACCACUUGACACGCGAAUUCGAUUUGCUCGGCACGUCGGCCCGUCGGAGCAGUGUUCCCGGCAACACAAAAACACGAAUUUUCUGCUUUUCACCACACUUUGUCCUAUAAUAGCUGUGCUCCGUUUAGUUUUUAUAGCGCUUACUUCCUUCGAACUUCUACUAUUAAUAUCUCGAGAACCGAUAAUGAUUUCAAAAAACAGUCAACUGAUAAGUUGUUGUCAAUUUUACGCUGAACAACUUUGUAAUUAAUCAUUUUAUUCCAAAAAUGAUCAUUCUCGAGUUACGAUCCGGUUUCUGAACAGCACUUUUAUGCUCUAUUUGAUCCGCCACAAACCCCGAUGUUUCAGCUCGAUCAAGGCCUCGGUCAAAUCGUGGAAGGCAUGAAUUUCGGUCUGGGAGUAUUUGAUCAACAUGUGAGUCGUCUGCUGUUCUCUAUGCAUUUCUCUCCUUCUCACAAUUCACUUUCAGGUCAACAUGGUCGUCAGCAAAGUGAACGACGUGCAGAAUCGAAUCAAUUCGCAGCUCACAGUCGUUAGUUUUCCAUUUCCCCUGCACAAUUCCGAUCCGCUGUCUUCCAGUUCCCCGGCCAAUGGCUCUACCUGCUCAUCCUGCUGUUCGUCGCGCUCAUUCUGCUCGGUCUCGUCGGCUACCUCCUCUUCUACAUCGCCACCUUCGUACUGAACCGUCACGAUCGGUACGAAGAGUACCGGAUGUGGUACUUGAAGAGCGUGAUGAAGCAGAAUGUGGACGAUUGGGAGGAGGACGACGAGUUCGCCGAAGGAUUCUAUUCGGCCGCGCAAAGUGAGGACACCCCUCCGCCCACGUACAGCGAGUACGUUCAGACCGCCGAUUUGUACGCCAAUUAUCAUGGUGAGCGAGUGAAAAUGAAAACAAAGCCGAUUUUCAAUGUUUCAGACGAAGUGGAAGCUCAACGUGGCCCACCUCGAUUCAGCUCGAGAAUCGGAAAGCCACGUGGCAGCAGCGGAGGAGAAGAGUACUCGACGUUAAUUUGA